AUGUCGAUCAAGACUUCCAACAAAAUCCUACCGGACCUGUCUAAACUUGAGCCACUCGACGGAACAAACUACCGCCGUUGGUCCCAAAAGUUGCUAAUCUUCUUUGAGCAACUAGAAGUUGAUUAUGUCCUCACCACAGAUCUCCUGACAUCUGACCCCCCAACUACCACGUCAACAUCCUCUGAUCCAGAAUCAUCUACGGGGCCUCUUACAGCUGUUGCUGUCACUGAUCAAGUAAAGAAGGACCAAGUGAUUGAUCCUGAAAAAUAUGCAAAGGAUAACAAGACCGUUCGAGGACACCUGUUAAACCAUAUGUCUGAUCCGAUGUUCGAUCUCUUCGUAGUCCAAAAAUCUGCCAAGGACAUCUGGAGCACCCUGGAAUCACGGUAUGGAGGAGAUGAUGCUGGACGGAAAAAAUAUGUAGUUGAAAAAUGGCUACAAUUCCAGAUGACUGACGACAAACCAGUCGUGGAACAAAUUCAUGAGUACGAGAACUUAGUGGCAAACGUCCUGUCUGAAGGCAUGAAGAUGUGCGAAAUACUUCAAGCAAAUGUCCUGUUGGAAAAAUUUCCUCCAUCCUGGAAUGACUACCGUAAUCAUCUCAAGCACAAGAAGAAGGAUCUAAAGCUCUAA